CACCAUGGCUGUCACAGCACAGACAUUGUAGCUCUGUAGACUUGUCUCUUUUGUAUUUCAGCUGAAGUGCUGUGUGUUAGCAGCUAUUUUGUAAGCUGUCUUGCCAUUGAGGGAGAGCAGGAGAAGAAUAUGCAGCAAGUAGGCAUUCUGUUACCCAUUGCUCAAUCAGGGAUUGCACCUUAAAUAAAAAACAAUGGAUUUCAUGAUGUGAUGUCAGAUAAGCGUCAGCGAGCCAGAGUCCAGGGCUCUUGGGCCAAACAACUGCCAAAACACUCAGGACCAGCAGGUGCAGUCUCAAACAACCAACCAUCCAAAAAUGUAAACCAAGGCCCUAGCUCAUGGGGAUGUAGGCCACGGAAAGCACCUAACACAUUUGAGUUUCAGCCCACCAAGCCAGUUAGAGAUGUUCCACCAGAGAAGGUGAUAGAACAAGCAGGUGAUCAUGAGAUCAGCCAUGGACCUUCAGGAGUGUCCAGACUGCGGCUGCUGCCUGGGUUUCUUCCCCCAGAGCAGGCGGACUGGAUGUUCAGUAAGCUGUUAGCAGAGCUUCCCUGGUCCCAGAAGACCAACUACAGACAGGGUGAGGCGUACGAUGAGCCCAGGCUGACUUGCUGGUACGGAGAGUUGCCCUACACGUAUGCUCGCUCCACCAUGGCUGCUAACACACAGUGGCAUCCACUGCUGUUAACCCUUCGUGAAGCAGUGGAGCAGGCGAGCGGCUGCAGCUUCAACUCACUGCUGUGUAACCUGUAUCGGGAUGGCCAUGACAGCAUCGGCUGGCACAGUGACGACGAGGCCUCUUUGGGUAACAAGCCCACAAUCGCCUCCCUCAGUCUGGGCGACACCAGAGUGUUCAGCCUCCGCAAGCAGCCUCCACCGGAGGAGAAUGGUGACUUCACUUACGUGGAGCGGAUUCGGGUUCCUCUGGGUCACGGGACACUUCUGCUGAUGGACGGAGCUACACAAGAUGAUUGGCAGCAUCAAGUGGCUAAAGAGUACCAUGACCGAGGCCCACGCAUCAACCUGACCUUCAGAAAUAUCUACUCAGAGCCGGAGGGCCACAGACCAGGAACCAAGCUGCGAUUUACAUCCAAGCAACCGUAAACUCCCCUCAGUGUCAGGUACCUAAAUCUGAGGAAACAGUGUGUUCAAAUACUGAGCCACACAGUGUUCGAUCUGAUGGCUGGAGCGCAAGCAAUGGAGAGAUUUCAUCCUCCUUCUCAGUGAGCUCGUGAGCAAUUUUUGAAACAAGUCUUGCAAACACAUUACUGAGUUACAGGCCACAGUAUGAAUAAUAGCUUUCUCCAACACUUAGGGAGAUUUUCAAGUCUGCCUGAAUUCACCUGUUCGGUAAUUGAACCAUAAUAACACUGCAGUCGUGACCAGUGGUGAUUAUCAGAUAUCAGUGUUUUCAGAGAAGCUAAACAGAAGAAUGAGUAACAAUGAGGAUUUAAAGGCUGGAUAUAAUGUCAGCUCUGCAUAUUAUUUUGACUUUAUUUAUUUAUUUAGCACAGACCGUUUCUGUUUGUUUGUCGGUACUUUGAUAAAAUCUCUGGUUCAUAUGCUAAAAAUUCAUUUCGACCCAAACGACUUGUCAUGAAAAGUGUCUCUGUGAUAGACCCAGUGACUGUACAGCGAGUCACUGUUGAUGUGACUUUUGGUGAAAUGCCUUAAAAUGUAAAAGGUUUCCUGCCUUGUUUUUCUUGGAGAGCUUUUUUGGAGAGUUGCUAUUAAAAGGGAAGGAACAAGUAAAGUGGCCACUUAGGCCAAUUACAUCUCCAUCAGGACUGGAAUUAGUUAAUUGUGCUGUUGAACAAGAUUCGUCUGAUCAGUCUCUCAAAGAAGUCAUUCAGGUUUUUUAAAACCUCUAAUAUAUCCUCAACCAGAGUCUCUCUUCUCUUCUUAGACGUGCUCACGCAAGUCUCUUUGGAUAGAAAAUGCACAAGUCAGUGUAGUAGCAGCUGAAUAACAACUUACACUGUGUAUGAAAAGUGUACUUGAGGACAGGAAACUGUACAAACACCAGCCAAACAACGCAAAUUACUUGCAUACACAUUUUAAUUUUCAAGUUCUUUUUGGAAUGUUUUGUUGAUUGUUUACACUAAAAUUUGGUGUUGAUGUAAAGACAUCACAAUGCAAUAAUAUAUAUUAUAAAAUAAUAACUUUUUGGUUUCUAAAUAUGACUCCUGGGAAAGUUCCAUGUGGAUUCCAUUUAAACACAAAGUUAGUAAUAUUGCAACAAGAGUCACAGUUUUGGUACUGUGCCUGAUCACCGGAGCUUCUUUUCUGGGAAACAACUUUGGGUCCUGUUCCAACAUGACAAUUAAGGAAAGUCUAAGUGUCUAAAGGAGGUGUAUACAUUACUUUAACCACCUACAUGAUGGGAUAGUAUGUUUACUUUGUUACACUAAAGAGAUACAAGAGGUGUUCUUGAUUGCAGUGGUUGUGAAAUAAACACUUAAUUUGCUGAA